UCUCCAGUCACUCCCAUGUCAGUGGUUACCUCCUUACAGGCCUCUAACAUGCCAGCCAUCAUCAUCGGCAGGCUGAUCCAGGCGGCCUCUAACUUCCGUAAUGGGCACACUGGCCAGCUGUCUGCUGUCUCUGUCUUCCUGCUGUUUGCUGGAUCCCUCGCUCGCAUCUUCACCUCACUGCAGGAAACUGGAGACACUCUGAUGGCCCUCACCUACGUCAUAUCCUCCGCCUGUAACGGCGUCAUCGCCCUGCAGGUUCUCUACUACUGGAACAGCUCCCCGGAACGCAAGAAGAAGAGCGAGUAGGCAAAGGACACUAAGCUUCAAUCAUAGAGCAGCACGUUUCUUUCCAUAGCCAACUUUUAGACGUUCUUCAGAGGUGUCUUCAAAACUUGAACUAAUUGUACAGAGUCACCGAGGAGUGCGGGGACAUUGGAUCUGCUGGACAAACAUUUGACUUUAAAGCAAGGACGUGAACAGAACAUACCAAAUAUAUCUUCCAUGUGGGCCCGCUGGCUUUAUGUCGCUGGGUCCAGACUGCCCUGCUGUGUAAUACACUGAGAUUACAUUCCUCUUGAUCCUCAUCUCUGUCAGGCUCCGUUCACACUGGUGUGUUCAAAUGUUUGGGAACAUUUAGUGUACUUGUAUUUUUUUUAUCCCAUCCAGGGCCUCCGAUUACCGUUCUCAUCAUCACGGUUAUUUUUGUGGAAAUGAUUUGAAACAGUUUUGACCUUGGAUGCCUGUAAUGAUAUGUUGUUUCAUCAUUUCCCAUAAACAGAAUUCCACACCA